UGAGUGUUUGUUGUGGUGCAGCAGCGCGCUCAGGGUUACCCUGGUAGCCGCCACUUUAAACAACGCUCUGGAGACGCGGUGAGGGCAAACAGGAGAGAGGCAGAAGGAACAGACGGCCCUACCAUCGACACGACGGAGAGGAGAGGAGCUGAGCUCUAGCCAACCCCGCAGGGGUAAGGGUCUCCCACAGCUACGGCCUCGCCCGACGGGCCUGCCCAUAACAACGGCCGAGACGGAGGGGGUCUCCCAUAGCAACGGUCAAGCUCGAGGGGCUCUUGUAGUAACGGCCGAGCUCGAGCGGAGUGGGCCCGCUAACAACGGCCGAGCCCGGGGCUGGGGGUGGGAUUGGGAUCGGGAUCUUCCAUCACAACGGCCGGACAAACGAGGAGGUGACCGCGGGUCUUGGACAGGGCGACGCGCGGCCCGCACCCGAGAGUCGUGGUGCCGCAGCUCCCACCCUGGCCCGAACGGGAUCUGGAGCCGCUCCCGCUGGUUUGAUUCGGAGAUCCUCAAAUCUGCAACUGGUCAGAAGCCCAUCUUUGAAGGUUUAGAUUAGUCAACCCCAAAAGUUGUGGAUGAGAGCUGUCUUAGACCAACAUGGAAUCUCAAAAUGGAUACUUUGAAGACAUAACAGUAGAUUCAGAAUCUGAAAGAAGUCCACAUUCUGGCAGAGCAAGUACACAAAGAAAGUUUGUAACAAAUGGUAAUAACUCAUGUAGUGAUAAAGCAAAGAAAAUCAAUUCGCCUCAAAGCAGUGACAGCACAAUGAGAGAUCAAGGGAAGACUAAAAAGAACAUGGACUAUGAUAAAAAUAGUGACUCCUAUUAUUCAGAUGAUUAUGAUGAUUCAUCAUAUACAUCUGAUCAGUAUUGCUCAGAAUACUCUGCAUCCAGAACACCUAGUCCAAGGAGAAAGGGACAAGCAAAACAGAAGAAGACCAGCAACCCUAGCCAGCAUCAAGUUAAUCGGAAAUCUGGUUCCAAGCAUCCAGUAAACCAUGGUAGUUGCCGUUGGGGAUCACGCACCCAGAGCUUAAACAAAGAAUCUGUUCACAAAGACAUAGACUUAGUGACCAAACGCAUGUUAUCUGCCAGGCUGCUGAAAAUUAAUGAACUACGAAAUGAAGUUACUGAGUUGCAGGCUAAGUUGGAGGAUUUGCAGAAAGAAAACAAAAUUCUAAAGCGACUCCAGCACAGACAAGAGAGAGCCCUUCAUAAGUUUGAGGACACAGAAAAUGAGAUUGCAUUGCUCAUAUCUCAUCAUAAUGAUGAGGUUAGGGUACUUCGAGAACGACUUCGAAAAUCACAGGAGAACGAAAGAGCAGUUGAAAAACGUUUAAAAGAUACCGAGGAGGAACUUUAUCGCACGAAAAGCUCUCUUCAGAAAUUAAAGAAACUUUCAGAAGACAAACAUCUGGUGGAACGAGAUGAACUAGCACAGAAGCUUGCCAAAGCUGAAGUCAAAAUGGAAGAAAGUGAAAGAAAAUUGAAGGAACUGGAAAGAAACUUGGAGCUAACCAACCACAGCUUCCUCAGGCAAGUGGCCUCCGAGAGGAAGAAAGCGCAUGUGGCUCAGGAAAAUGUUCAAAAUCUCCAGGAUACCAUCCAGCAUCUUGGUCAGAAACUAAAGGAGAAGGAAAAGGAACUGGAUGUGAAGAAUAUUUAUGCUAAUCGCAUACUUAAGACAUCACCAAAGAAAGACAUUGAAAGUGUGGCUAAGAAGAAAGCAACAAUACCAAAAACUGCAAUUGGAGUGCAGACUGAAGAGUACUACUUACCUUUAGAGUUCCCAACUCCACCCCUCGUUGUGUGUGGUGAAGAAGAACUGAUGAUAAAAGGAGAAUAUUCACAAAUGAUUCAAGAACACGGUGACAGUGAGACCCUGAAAUUGACAGAACCUCUGAGACCAGGAAAAGAACUACAAGACCGAGAGUGUGAAGAAAAGCGUAAGCGAGAACAAGAACAGCACAGGUUGGAGUUAAAAGCUCAAAAACUGAGAGAAAAAUGGGAACAAGAAGAGCAGGAAAGAAAACGAGAGGAGAAAGAAAGUACUGCAAAAGAAUCCAGUUCAAGAGAGACUGAGCACCAAAAUAUGGAAAAAAUGAAUGAGAGACGCAAGAAAGAAAUUCUUUUGGCAAAGAUGCGAGAGAUUGACGAAGAGACUAAUGGAAGUUCCGUAAUCUCACCGCACAAUACAUCACACCUAUUUUCCACAGAAAUGUCAAAAAGCCGUGAUUCCCCAGAAAGAUUGCAAAAUACUAGUAACUUUUUGAAAUCUGUGGACAGUACACCAGCAGAAGGUUAUGGUCGUAGAGGUACCAGGACCACAAACUUCAGUGCUGAGCUGAGCUUCGGUAUGUAUGCACCAUCUUUUGGGAAAGGAACUGGGAGGUCUAGUCUAAUAGAUCAGAAGAGCAGUAACAAAGAGGAGCAAAUGAAUGGCUAUCAUGACCUUUCAUUUAAAGACAGAAAGUCUAACUUGAUGGAACAGUUGUUUGGAUCUGGAGCUGCCACUGGCUUCUCCACUAAGGAAGAGAAUUUUCUAAUGUCUCCUGCUGUAGAGCAGCCUAAGGGGAGUAACAAUUCAUUCCCUUGGGAACAAACAAAUAAACGCACAAGUAAAAAUAAUAGUGGUGAUUCUAUCUCUAGUGAUGGCAUGAUCAGCCCUAAUCAUCACUAUUCCAAAUACACCUCAAUUAAGCCAGCAGUAAAUAUAAUUGAUUCACUAGAAGAUGAAGUAGAAGAGGUAGUAUUAUAAAAAAAAACUUUAUUUCCAAUCCAGACCAUUUUCA